UCUCCGUUAACUCUCCUCCGUUAGUGCUCAAAUAUUCACUUUUCACCUCCUGGUUUCUCUCUCCUUUACUCCUCCCGCUCAAAAUUCCUCCCGCUCGUGACUUCCUCUUUCUUCCUCCCCGACUUCCUCUUCCUUCCUCCCCGACUUCGCAUCCUUUGGUCGUGAACCCGCCGCGCCUACACCGGUUGCCUCCGCCGUCCCCUUCUAGAAAACCCAUUUGCUCUCUCUCUCUUUCCUCCGCGAAGCGCGGCUCUUUUUGUGGACCGCGCCUCUGCCUCCGCCGGUUUCCUCCGUCGUCGCCUCCCGGAGCCCAUCGGUGGCUCAGAUCCUGACCACGCGGCCGCCUCCGCCUACGCCGUCGCCGUCUCCUCCGAAGCCCUCCAUUGGCGAUUCGUCCUCUGCCACUCUCUCUAUCCCGAGAAAUGGCUCCGCUCUGCUCUCUGUGACGAACCGCGCCUCUGCCGUCGCCUCCCGCAGCCCCUUUGGAGAUCUCGGGCUCCGACUCGCCCUCUGCGUUACCUCCCGAAGCCCCAUUCUCAGGUUAGGGUUUUGUAUGACUUGAAAUUCCCAUCGUUUUUGCCCUAACGUGAAGAUUGGUGGCUCAGAUCUCGACCACGCGGCCGCCUCCGCCUACGCCGUCGCCUCCGAAGCCCCCCAUUGGCGAUUCGUCCUCUGCCCCUCUCUCUUUGUCCCGAGAAACGGCUUUGUUCGGCUCUCUAUAACGAACCGCGCCACCAACAGUUUGGUUUCGUGAUCAAUGAGCGGCCGAGGAUCAAUAAGAACAAGCACAAGGAUCUCCUGCAUGCAUUGAAAUAUUGCUUGAAGUCUGAUGAUGCGAUUCACUAUGCACAAUAUGAGGGAACUUCAUAGUCUCUCAUCACCUCAGUUAUUUUGCACUUGUAAAGAUAUCAAAUGGCUGACUUAGAGCAUGAAACUUCCCAUCUUGCACAUGUGAUGCGUGAUAUGGACAAAGAUUUUGAGUUUGUAGUAGGGAUGGUUUUCUCAAAUGAACUUGAAGCAUAUCAUAAGUAUGUGGCUUAUGCAAUCAGCAAAGGAUUUGGAGUGAGAAAAGGUAAUGCGGUUAAAAAUAGAAAGGGUGAAAUAACCCGGCGAACUUUUUUGUGUAAUUGUGAGGGGCAUUCGGUUGGGUCAUCUGAUCAAGAAAAGAAAUAUGAGAGAUUUGAAGUUAGAUGUGGGUGUCUUGCUCAUAUCAAAUUUAAGGUUGAUAAGGGUGUCUAUGAAGUCAUGGACUAUGUUUCUGAGCAUAAUCAUGCAUUUGUACGGGAAGAUCAAAAGCAUUUGAUUAGAUGUGGAAGAAUGAUAUCUGACACGUGCAAGGGUGUUUUGGUUGAUAUGAUUAAAGCAGGCAUUGGGGGGACUUCGGCAUAUAAAUUUUUAGCAAACGAAGCUGGAGGAAGCAAAAACUUAGGUUUCAUCCUGCGUGAUUGUCAAAAUUUUUUGCAAACGGAAAAAUCCAAGGUUAUAAGUGGCGGAGAUUGUCAAAGUCUUUUGAACCAUUUUCAUUGCAUGCAAAUGCAAAACCCAAUGUUUUUCUAUGCUGUUCAAGUAGAUCAAGAUGGUAGAUUGACCAAUUUAUUUUGGAGAGAUAGCUUGUCUAAAUUUGAUUAUGACUGUUUUGGUGAUGUGCUAGUGUUUGAUACCACAUACCGUACCAACAAAUAUAACAUGAUAUGUGCACCUUUUGUUGGGGUUAAUCACCAUUGGAAGAAUACUCUGUUUGGUUGUGCAUUUUUGCUGGACGAGACUGCAGAAUCAUUUAUUUGGUUAUUUGAUGUGUUUUUGAAGUCUAUGGGAAAUAAGGCUCCGAAAACCAUAUUCACUGAUCAAGACCAAGCCAUGGCAAAAGCCAUUAGAAUGGUGUUUCCAAAUACACAGCAUCGUUUAUGCACUUGGCACAUCGGGAAAAAUGCCAAUCAAAACAUUCCACAUCUUUACCAUAAGCCAGGUUUUAAGGAUAAAUAUUUCUUAGUGCUUAUGUAUAGAUGCAAAUCAGAGGACGAAUUUGAAGCUACAUGGAGGGAAAUGGAAGAGGUGUGGGGUACUAAAAAUAACAAUUGGCUUCGGAGAUUAUAUGACCUUAGACAUAAAUGGAGUUCAGCUUUUGGUCGUGACUCUUUUACAUGUGGUAUAAGGUCAAGUCAAAGGAGUGAGAGCACCAAUAAUGUCUUCCAACAUAUGUCGACGAAGACAUUGUCUCUUGUAGAAUUUGUCCACCAUUAUGAAGAACAAUUGAAACAUGUGAGAGAAGUUGAAAGUCAAGAUGAUUAUAGUUCUCGUGGGACAGCCAAAUCGCAGGUUAAAAAUAAUGGGAUCUUGUCACAUGCUGCUUCGGUAUAUACCCGUACCAUUUUUCUAAAGUUUAAUGAAGAAUUUGUGCAAAGUCUCUCUGAACAUAUUUCAAGUACUACAUCUGAUGGAUCGGUUUCUUUAUAUACUCUCAAGUGUAUGGGGAUUGGGAUUCAAGGUGAAUAUGUUGUUAGAUUUGACCCUGCAGACUUAUCAGUUUCUUGUGAAUGCAAAUUAUUUGAAUCAAAAGGGUGGUUGUGUCGCCAUGCCUUACGCGUGUUGAAUGUGAACAUGUCGAUGGUUACGGUAAUUCCUUCUUCCUAUAUUUUGAAAAGAUGGACUAAGGAUGCCAAAGAAGGGAUUGUCAAUGAUGAAUCCCAUCAAAUGUCACCGGGUCCAUCUAAAUUUAAUCGAUUUUCCACGUUAAUGCAUGAAUCCAUUGAACUGAUGAGUUUGGGAGCUGAAGAUGUACAUACUAUGAGAAUAUUGAGGAAGCACAUGGUUAAAGCAAAGGCUGAAAUUUCAUCAUACAAAUCAAGUAUGGUUGUGACUGAUGAUGCUGGUGAUGAUGAGUAUAAUGAGGCUUCUUUGUGCGAUAUUUCGGUAGCGGACCCCAUUCGAAGGAAACGAAAGGGACUAAGUUACGGAAGGCUUAAAAGCUCCAGUGAGAAAAAGAAGAAAACAUCUAAGAAAGGAACUCCCCCAACGCAAAUAGAAAGUCAAGAGUUGGUUGUCCAAGCGACGCAUAAUGAAACUCAGUUCCUAGAUUAUUCGAGUAAUUCAAAUCAGUUUCGAAGUGCCGUUUAUCCUAGCAACAUUGGUGGUCCUACUGUAAAUCUAAAUUUUCAUAAUCAGGUAUAUUGCUCUUUGUCCUCAAUUUGUAUUUAUGUUUUACUAAUUGGUCAUUUUUUUAUAUGGAUGCAGCAGCCACCAUUCAUCAUGCCGUCCGGGAUUAUGAGUGGAUUUUGCCCAGUCCCUAGUCGGAUGCAAUCACCAUACAUCAUGCCGCCGAGGAGUGGAUUUUCCCCAUUCACUAGUCAGAUGUUGGAGUACCAUAAUCAAUCCCACGGAACCAUUUUGAGCCAGGGGUCAUCAAACUCUUGUCAGCAUCCUAGGAUGAAUGAAUCCGAAGCCCCCUUUGAAAGCAUAGACAAUGCACGGUCGCAACACAAAUAGUCGGGAGGAACCCUCGUAAUAAGUCUCUUCACCAAAUAAAAUAUUUUUUGCGUCCUUCUCUGAUAAGGUAACUAUUGUAGUAUGAGUUCACUGUGACUUGGGAUUUGCAUCUGUGCCUUUUAUAUGAAAAGAUUUUCCUUUGUAUUUCCUUGGUUGUUACUUGGAAGAAAUGUUUUUAUAUUUCCAAUUUUGUUAGUUGGGCUAUAAAUCCAGUAGGAACCAAGUUCGAUAUUCAUUUGACGUGAUGUAGUGAUUAACUAGGGCAUAGUUUCAAUAGACAUUAGAAAAGGAUUGUUAGAGUAGUAAAGAUUUAGUUCUAUGUAAGUUAUGAUCUUAUCAAACUUGCUUAGAGCUUCACCCAUAUGCAGAGAUUCAUUCUUCUUCAGAGUAUUCACUAUGUUCUCUCAUUUUC